GGAAGGAGGAAGCUUCCGGCGGCAGCGGGGCAGAGGGAGCAGCGGCACCCGCCUAUCAUCGCACGGCUUUGGGAGGAGCUUUGCAAUGCGUUCUGAAGAACAAAUAACAUUGUCAGAAGUGCAUAAUUGUGUUGCCUAAAAUUUGAUACAAGCUGUUGAGUAGAUGGCUCAGCUUCCUCCUGGGAUUCGCUUCAUCACUUCAUUUUCACGAGAUCAGUGGUACAGAGCCUUCAUUUUUUCUCUCACUUUCUUGUUGUAUGCCAGCUUCCAUUUAUCAAGGAAACCUAUCAGUAUAGUUAAGGGAGAGCUGCACAAGCAUUGCGCUACUUCACAUGAAAUUGAACUCAACUCAUACAAAGAAUAUGCUGCCCAGAUUCAGUCUGUCAAAAAGCCAUCUAAUGUAUCUCAGUGCGGUUGGGAGCCAUUUGAUAAGAACAACUACAAGCAGUUACUGGGAGCACUGGAUUACUCAUUUCUGUGCGCAUACGCAGUUGGGAUGUAUUUAAGUGGACUGAUAGGAGAACGGCUGCCUAUCCGGUACUAUCUGACAGUCGGGAUGCUUGCUAGCGGACUCUUCACUGCAAUGUUUGGAUUGGGUUAUUUCUGUAAUAUACAUAAUCUGUGGUUUUACAUAAUGGCCCAGAUAGCUAAUGGGUUGGUGCAAACUACUGGCUGGCCAAGUGUCGUUACAUGUAUUGGCAACUGGUUUGGAAAAGGAAGGAGAGGUUUGAUCAUGGGAAUCUGGAAUUCGCACACUUCAGUGGGAAAUAUCUUGGGAUCCUUAAUUGCUGCUUACUGGGUGUCUACAUGUUGGGGUCUCUCCUUCAUGGUGCCUGGUGUUAUCAUUGCUGUGAUGGGAAUUGUUUGUUUCCUGUUUCUUAUUGAACAUCCUAAAGAUAUAAGUUGUUCCUGCACACUAUCCAGUAGUUCUAAAGCCUUCCUGAAUGGUGCAUCUCGAUUCAGAGUCCCGAUGCCAAAUGUGAAUACUAAGGAAACCAGUAAACCUCAGGGGAAAUUGCAGGAUCCAGAGAUGCAGCAUUUGCUUACUGACAGUGAAAAUAGUAGUACGUCACUGAACCCCAGCACUGUGGUCACUGGGGAAGGCAGACACAGGACAGCAGCUAUCAGCUUCCUUGGGGCCUUGCGAAUACCUGGAGUCAUAGAGUUCUCGCUUUGUCUUCUGUUUGCAAAGUUGGUGAGCUAUACUUUCCUCUUCUGGCUUCCUCUCUAUAUCACCAAUGUAGAGCAUCUUGAUGCCAAAAGAGCUGGGGACCUUUCUACACUGUUUGAUGUGGGUGGAAUCUUUGGUGGAAUUUUGGCAGGCCUGAUUUCAGACAGGCUGGAGAAGAGGGCAUCAACCUGCGGAAUGAUGUUAUUGCUUGCAGCACCCACAUUGUACAUGUUCUCUGCAGUCAGUAAAAUGGGCCUUGAGGCUACCAUAGUGAUGCUGCUCAUCAGUGGUGCCCUGGUGAAUGGCCCUUAUGCUCUCAUCACCACUGCUGUUUCUGCUGAUUUGGGUACCCAUAAAAGCCUGAAAGGGAAUGCAAGAGCCUUGUCCACAGUUACAGCAAUCAUCGAUGGAACAGGAUCUGUAGGUGCAGCUUUGGGGCCUCUCUUAGCUGGUCUUAUUUCCCCAUCUGGUUGGAACAACGUAUUUUACAUGCUCAUGAUGGCAGAUGCAUGUGCCUUGCUAUUCUUACUCCGUCUUAUUCAGAAGGAACUUCAGUGUAAUGCAGAUCAUACCCUGUUUAAAGAACACUGAGCACCGCAACUAGAUUUGGAAUAAGGACUCAUCAGUGAUCAGAGCUCUUCCCUGAAAAACAAACUUCAUGGAAUGCAUUAUUCUGUAUUGAAGAGAUUCUGUUUGGUGAAGAACUUUGCACAUUUACUGGAAGCAGUGUGAAAAAUGCAGCUGGUGAAUCCCUGAAGCUCUUAUUUUUGCACAUGAAUAAGUACCUCAAGAUGGCAACUAUUCAUCAGAUGAAGAGACAGGAACUUUAGGAAGGUUUUAGCAGUGCGCCUCAACUGAGCCAAAGACAAAUACCAAGUGCCUUUUUAUUUCUUUUCAUAGGAUGUUUUUAAUUAAAAUGCCGAGCUAUGUGUUUUCCAAAACCAAGUCAAACUGAGAGCAUAAGGAAGUUGAAAUCGUCACAGUCCAGCAGUGAAAAGUCCCAGUGUCAGUGAGCAAAGUAUGUAUCCCUUAUGUCAUCUCUUGCACAUCAAGGGCAUCGCUUUAUAGAGGACAAUAACAGCUGGUUAUUAAGAUGCACUGCUAUUAGUAUUUUGAAGCUGCUCAGACAAUAACCUCACCAUAUGAUUAGUUUUUAACUACAGUCCUACUUCUAAUCCCAAGGACACCAUCCAGCAUUUUGGUAGGCAAUUAAAUGGAAUUUACUCUUGUGGUGUGUUCUGCAGUUAGCAGUUUUCAUAGACUCUCUGAAUGGGUGUUAGUCCUCAAUUAGGAUUGUGCAAAAGAGUCUUAAGCAAGAAAAAGAUUAUGAGUGAGAAUGUCCAGUGAGGGGGGGAGGCUGUAAUAAUUUUCAGGACAUUAUAAACUGGUUGUGCGAGCAUCACAUAAUUGUUGUGCUGCUCCACUAGGCUGGGUUGAAAUGAGAGGGUGUUCCACUAGGGUAGCAGAGAACUGUGAGAUGUGAUACUUGAGCUACAGGAUUGAUCAUAUGAGCUACUUUAGUGCCCGCUGCCCCCGUGAUCACUGUUGGGUAUUCCCUGAUUUCAGUGUUGGUGUGUGCAUGUGAAUGUCAUUGUCAGAUCAGGGCCUUAAUAACCAGAAAUCUCUUUCAAGUAGCUAAUUUCAAGUGGCUCAGAAUUUCAGGUUUACAGCCAAGAUAUCAGAAAAGAAAAAUUGCCUAGGUGGUAGGUUGUAAGAGAACAUUUCAGUACCUAGUGUUACCCAGCGAAUAGACAGUUUAAUGUCUUCAGAAUGUAUCAUUUCUUUGUAUAGCUAUCUCCUUUGCAAAACAGAUGUUCCUGUGAUUUAUUUUUUUUUCUUAAGAUGUACAAAGUAAAAAGGAGGGGGUUUUGUAUGAGGCAUUUAUACUCAAAUCAUGAAGGCUAGGUAAUUUAAAUUGUAUUAUUCUUAACUGUAUUUAUUAAAGCUCUAAGCGCAUGUCUUGUUCUGAACUAUGCUCUCAGAUUUUGUGAAACAAUGUAGUAGUCUUUACACUUGAUUAACAAAACAGCACGUUCUAAAAUAGUCCCACAAAAUAUGGUAGAGAAAUGUCUCAUCAGCUGCUGGUGUUGUUCCAUAUGCUGGCACAACAUUUGAUUUCCAGGGCUGAUUAGUAAUUGUUCAGUCUUUGAUGAGUUACUUCACUGGUUUGAUUCAGCUCGUGCUUUGUGCUUGACUUGAACAGUGUGUUCAUUUUUAACUCUUUUGUUGAAAACCAGGGAAAAUCUCAGUCCCACAAAGACUUAAGGAAGGCACCAAGUCCUUACAAAUGAAUGCUGUAUGCAGGCCCCAACCCUGCAGUUGCCUAAAUGAAUGGUUAACGUUAGAUUUUCAGUAAGCCUGUUGAGACCAGUGGGGAUUUUCAACAUGUGAAUUCAUACAUCUGUGCUACGUUUGGCCUUCAGGCUGUAGUUGAAUAUGACCAGACUUCUUCAGUAAUGUUAUUUGGAAGGACUUCCUAUUGCAGUGGCAUUGAACACUGCUCCUCACUUGGCUAGGCUGACCCCAGGGACUUAUAGCCAGACUAGGGGACUGAUGUUAUCCUCUCAUGGAGGGAAGAGUAACACUGCAACCCCAAAACAGUUGUAUUGGCACAACUUCAGUGGCUGUGUGAGGAGGGAAGAAUGGGGGACUUAAGCUGAAGGUACAAAUCCCCUUCCUCCAAAAAAGGUAUGUAGACCUUUAUACUAGUUUAUCAAAACAGUUUAAACUCUGCUGAACUCAGAUGUUGAGAGGCCCCUGUGGGCUGAAGUCUUCGGUUAAAAAGCUUUCAGUUGUAUCUAACAGUUACAGGUUGUAAAGGUAUUUAACCGUGUCUUGGGUUUUACUUGUUGGGCUGCUGCUGUUAUUUAUUUAUUUAUUUGAAUAGCUUUUGCACUGCAGUGACUUGUGUAUGGGGUGAUGACAGUGUUGGAGGUACUGAGCUGAGCCCUUUGUAGGCAGGAGUUAGGGCUCUUAGUGAGCCGAUGUCUCUUUCUGUGCUAAUGUACAGCAUUUCAGUUCCUCCCAGCUAUGAAUUUGUUGGACAAAAGAUAAAGAUUUGCUUUUCUUUUUUAGCAACCCUAGAAGUCCCCUAAAAGUUGUGAAUAAACCGUGUGGUUUGUUAGUAUCUGGUGUCAAUAUCUGUUAAUCUGGAAAUGAACAAGACUUGGCAAAAUUUUGUAUGUAGAAAUGUGAGUGACCAGUAUGUAGAACGAAAUUUAAGUAUGACUGUAAGGUUUGGUGGUUUGGAUUUUAAUGCUGGCUAUUGUGAAUUUUAUCCAUUUACAGUCCUGUGUUGAAUAAAACCAGAUUCUACUUUAAAA